AUGUCUGGUUUUGAUAUUACAACUAUUAUUCAUGAUGGCGACAAAAAAAGACAAUUACCUAAACCUUUUAAUAAUCGUCCUGGGGCUUGGAGAAAUUUUAAGAAGAGACCUGAAUCGUUGGCUGCUAAAGUCUGGAAUGCGGUAAGAAAUGAUGGCACUCCCGACGAAGAGAAAUUUUUAGGCAUAACUACUCGCAAAGUAAAAAAUCUUCAAACCCGGGAUCAAUUCAAUCUGUGGCGUAAUAAUAUUAUCACAAUGUAUAAAAAAGAAAAAAACUUUGAUAUGCUCUUCAUCUAUCAAAAAGGAUAUGAAUAUGAAGAAUAUUAUAUUCCGGGUGAUUGGAUAAGUUUCAAGAAACAUCAAUUACAACAAAGAUUGAGUAAUCAUCUUAAAGAGUUGUUAAAAGAACAAGGCUAUAGAGUAGUUUGUGGGAGAUCUUGGUAUGUUAUGGUAAAAUGGAUUGAGAAUCCAGAUUAUUAUGCAAAUCUCACAUAUCCGAAUAUCGUUAGAAUAUAA